GGUUAUUAGAUAAAGAAUGUGCUAUUAGCGUACACUAUUCUCGGACCCUUGUAUUGAAAAUUGCAGACAUCGGCCGCGCCGCUAGUAAACACUCUUGUAAAAUUAACACCUUGUCUUCGAAAAAAAUCAAAAUCCCGACUUCACAAGGCAUCCGAGUCGAUGAGAAAGGUUCGUUGAAGUUUGUUCAGCGACUAUUUAGCAGGUGUAGAGGGAGUGAUCCUCUGGCGUUAAAGGAAAUUUCUAAAAGUUGUGGGCGACAGUCCCCGGUGGCGCGCCCGGCUAACAUGAACCACACGCCUGCCCCGGACAGGCCGCAGCAGGACUCCAAUGUUAAUCAGGUUGAGGCAAUGGAGACACAAGAAGUGGAGACUGUAGAAACGGCUACCGAGAAGAUCUGGGAUGAAGAGUUUGUUAAGGAUUCUAACGGUGAAGUAGUGAUGGGGGAAGUGAUUAAGAACCCUGAGACUGCAGCUGCAGAGUUUCCGUUGACUGGCCUUGAUGCUGAAAUGGAGGAUGAUGAGGCUAGAUCGGAGGCGACGUUCCGUUUCACAGUACAAAACUUGAGGAGCCUUAAGGACUCUGUUCUCUCACCACCAUGCUACGUUCGCAAUUUGCCAUGGAAGAUCAUGGUGAUGCCACGGCAAGCGCCAUCACCUGAUCGACAACAGCAGAAAUCAUUGGGUUUCUUCCUUCAAUGUAACGGAGAGAGUGAGUCGUCGAGCUGGUCCUGCUAUGCUAUGGCUGAACUGAGACUUAUUUCUCAGAAACCGGACACUGAACCGUUUUACAGAAAAAUUCAACAUCUGUUUUACAGUAAGGAGAAUGAUUGGGGUUUCUCUCACUUCAUGUCAUGGAAUGAUGUAUUGGACCCAGAGAAGGGAUAUAUCAAGGAUGACUCAAUUACUCUUGAAGUGCAUGUCACUGCGGAAGCCCCGCAUGGUGUGUCCUGGGAUUCUAAGAAGCAUACUGGAUAUGUUGGUUUGAAGAAUCAAGGCGCAACAUGUUAUAUGAACUCUUUGCUUCAAACUCUUUAUUUCACAAAUCAGUUGCGUAAGGCUGUGUAUAAAAUGCCAACUGAAUCUGACGAUAGUACAAGAUCUGUUGCUUUGGCACUACAAAGAGUGUUUUACGAGUUACAAUUUUCGGAUAAACCCGUAGGAACAAAGAAGUUGACGAAGAGCUUUGGCUGGGAAACACUUGAUUCUUUCAUGCAGCAUGAUGUGCAGGAGUUUUUGAGGGUACUUCUAGAUAAACUGGAGAGUAAAAUGAAAGGCACUUGUGUGGAAGGUACUGUACCUCGUCUGUUUGAAGGCAAAAUGACUUCAUAUAUCAAAUGCAAGAAUGUCAAUGUAUCAAGCACUCGCGUGGAGACUUUCUACGAUAUACAAUUGAAUAUUAAGGGGAAGAAAAAUAUUGAUGAGUCGUUCAAUGACUACAUCAGUACGGAGACAUUGGAUGGUGAGAACAAAUAUGACGCGGGUGAACAUGGCCUUCAAGAGGCGGAGAAGGGUGUGAUAUUUGCCUCAUUCCCACCGGUACUGCAUUUACACCUCAUGAGGUUCCAGUAUGAUCCCAUUACUGAUAGCUCGGUCAAGUUUAAUGACAGGUUCGAGUUCUACGAACAUAUAAAUUUGGACGCGUACCUACAAGAGAAGCCGGAGACGCCGGCGGACUACACGCUGCACGCGGUGCUCGUGCACUCUGGUGACAACCAUGGCGGACAUUAUGUCGUUUUUAUCAACCCCAAGGGCGAUGGCAAGUGGUGCAAGUUCGAUGACGACGUGGUGUCGCGCUGCACGAAGCAGGAGGCCAUCGAGUACAACUAUGGCGGCCACGACGAGGACAUGACGCUCACCGUGCGCCACUGCACCAACGCAUACAUGUUGGUCUAUAUACGGGAUUCACAAUUAAAGACUGUGUUGCAAGAAGUUACUCAAGCUGACAUACCUACAGAACUCAGUGAGAGGUUGGCUGAAGAGAAGAGAAUUGAAACCAUACGUCGCAAAGAGCGCAACGAAGCCCACCUGUAUAUGAACGUGAACGUGGUUCUGGAGGAGGCUUUCGACGGUUACCAAGGCAACGACCUUUAUGACCCGGAGCGCGCACACUGCCGCGUGUUCCGCGUGCGCAAGCAGGCCACCGUUGCAGAGCUGAUGGACAUGCUCGCAGAGAGCUUCAGAUAUCCACUCAAGCAUAUACGUCCCUGGCCCUUCAGCGCGCGUUCCAAUCAGACAUGCAGACCGACUUGCUUGGACAUCGUGAACGAUCAAAUGAAGACAGUAUCCGAUGUGUCUGAGAACAUGAACCCGUGGAACAUAUUCCUGGAGAUGCUUCCUCCCGACUCGGGCUUCAGUUCGUUGCCGCCAUUCGACAAGGAGAACGACGUGGUCCUGUUCUUCAAGUACUACGACCCGAAGCAGAAGCGCAUCCACUACUGCGGACAUCAUUACCUCUCGAUUGCCAGCAAGCCCGCUGAUCUCAUACCAAUACUCAAUAAACGUGCAGGUUUCCCGCCCGACACGCCUCUCGUCCUUUACGAAGAGAUCAAGCCAGACUUUGUGGAGAAGCUGAACAACUACAAUGAUCCUCUUGAAAAGGUAUUGGACGAACUGAUGGACGGCGACAUCAUCGUGUUCGAGCGCGCCGACCACCGGCACGAAGAGCUCGAGCUGCCCACCUGCCAGGACUACUUCAAGUACAUCUUCUACAAGGUCGAGGUGCAGUUCAUCGACAAGACGAUGCCCAACGAUCCCGGGUUCACCAUGGAGCUGUCUAUGCAGAUGCGAUACGAUCAGAUGGCGCGCGCAGUCGGACACCGCCUCAACGUCGACCCAUACUUAAUACAGUUCUUUAAAUGCCAGAAUUGUGUCUCCUGUUGCAGCUACAAAGAUACUCCUGGACCACCGCUCAGGUAUUCGUACGACGGAAUACUGAAGGACUUGCUUGUCUAUUGUAAACCAAAGUGCCCUAAAAAAUUGUUUUAUCAGAUUUUAUCUAUCAAAGUUAAUGAAUUGGAUAAUAAGAAGCAGUUCAAAUGUUUGUGGGUUGGGCCAAACUACAAAGAAGAUAAAGAAUUAAUUUUAUAUCCCAACAAGGGUGGUAAGGUGGCGGACAUCUUAGAGGAGGCCGCCAAGGUUGUGGAAAUGUCACCAGAUGGCUCUGGCAGACUGCGGAUCGUGGAAGUGUCGUGUCACAAAGUUCUGCCGGGUCCCGACCCCGAGCUGACGCUGGACCAGGUGACCAUCUCGCCGCCCAGACUCUACAGAAUAGAGGAGAUACCCAAGGACGAGUUGCAUCUACAGGAGGACGAGGUGCUGGUGCCAUGCGCGCAUUUCUACAAGCAGGUGUACGCGACGUUCGGCGUGCCAUUCUACACGCGCGUUAAGCACCUCGAGCCCUUCCAGGCUGUCAAGGAUCGCCUCCAGAAGAAGCUUGACAUACCCGACAAGGAGUGGGAAAAGUACAAUUUUGCUAUAGUGACAAAUGGCAGACCUAUUUACAUAAGCGAAGGAGUGACAAUCAACGUAUUCGACUUUAGGCCGAGCAGUAAUGCAAAUAUGUCGCUUCCAGACGCGACGGGGCGGCCUUGGCUGGGGCUGGAGCACAUCAACAAGACGCCGAAACGUUCCCGCGCCAACUACCUGGAGAAGGCGAUCAAGAUAUACAACUGAGUGGUGAGGGCCCUGCCGCGCGGCACACGCGAGUGACACGCGCGGCACACGCGGCACACGCGCGGCGCGGCACACGCGAGGCACGCACUCGGCACCCAGCGACUGGCGAUACUCGAUAGCUGUCGCGCGACAUAGAAUUAUAUAGCCUUACUAACACGUUAUGUACAACGCCGAGUCGACUCCCUUCGCUACUCCCUUCGCCACAUUCAUACGCAAUACUUUGUCGACACAAUGCAGCAGUCAAUAUUCAUUUCCUCUAGUUUUUAUUAUUUAUUUCACAGUAACAGUCGCUUUGUGUUUGCGUUGCAAUAAUAUAUUUCUGUAAAUUUUGUUUUUUUUUUCGACUUGAGUAUUUAAAUCUUGUUUUUCUUUUAACCUUAAAUGUAUACUUUUAUCAACGCAAUCAAACGAUUGAAGUAAAUCGCGUUUAGUUUCAAUUAUAUAAAUACUCAAUGUUUUUGAUAGUAAGGCUUGUGUUUACCGGAGAAUUUUUCGUUUAAUAUUUUAAAUAUAAUUAUGCAGAAAGGUGCUUAAAGUGCCUACCGAUUUAAAUAAAUGAAACUAAAAGCGAUCGUUAUACGGAUUUGAAAAUAACUAAAGUGAUCUUAUUUGUCUCGGUUGGUGAGGUAUGAAGUUAAGACGUCAUACUGUGCCAACUGUUAGAUUUAUUUUUGGUGAUUCGGCAAAAUUAAACAUUAAUAUUGUAUUAAAAGUAAAAAAAGUGUUGAAAUACCUCUAUUGAUUUUUAGUAAUCGUUUGCAUUUUUUCACUUAAAAAACAAUGUUUGUUUUAUUUAAUGAAUAAAGAGUGUCAUAAAAUUAAUUUCAAUUGUGGAAGUCGGGUCAGUUUAUUGUUGGAAUCUAGAAUGUUCGAAUGAUUUGAAAAUUUCUAUUCAUUUUGUAAUUCAAAUUCAUAAAGUUUCGAUCAUACAUAAUACAGCAGUUGCUAAGAUUAAAAUGUUUUCCUGUCUUAUUAAAUAAAACGAGUAUGUAUAUUUUUGGUUUAAUUUGUGAACACGAUGUAUAUGUCUUGCAUGGGAUUGUUUUUUACUUGUAGUUCCUGAUUUGGUUCCUUCCUUUAGCUAGCUGAUUUGAAUUGAGCCUAAUAAUGUUAGUGUACAGACGAGUCCUUACAUUUUUAUAAUCAAUGCUUCCUGUACUAUCAACUUUGAGAGUACAGACAAACUCUUAUCCCACUUAAUGGCCUGUGUUGAAGAAAAAAACAUACAGAUUAAAUAAUAUAAAGACUUUUUACUAAAGAAGUCUUGCAAAUAUUUGUAGUGGUGACGUGUAGUCGCUUUGUGUUACCCCUUAUAUGAAUGUUUUACCGUGAGUUUCUGAGCCCAAAAUCCCUGUUUAAAAUAUUGUUUAAUUCUUUGAUUUCUUUUUAAACUUAUAUUUAAUGCUUAUGGCCAUUUAAUAUUAAUAAAUAUAAUGAAAAAUAUAAGCUUUCUUUAGCCAUUUCAUGUUAUAAAAGUAUAUUGCGUUGUAAUAUUAACUAUUGUAUAGAUGUUUUAUUUUUGUCGAAUUGCCAAACUUUUGAUGUAUAUAAGAUGACAAAGAAAAUUGAUAAAUUAUUUGGAACUAUUCUAUUGUAUACGCUUUAGCACAUAGCACGUGUAUUUUUUAUUUUAUUGGUAAUACUUCAUACUUAGUCUUCACUAUCAUAGCCCGGCCUGUAAACGAAUUUGUGAACCACUUAUGUUUUCUAUUUGACCUGCCACAAAUGUUACGUUAAUAAAACUAAUUAUGUCGAAAUUAUGUAUAUAUAUGAUGUAAUAAAUUAAGAAAAAAAAUACACUAAGUUUUCGUAAAGAUGCCCUAGACUAGACAUUUUAAUAUAGUGUUAUUUUAUUUAAAAAAAAAA